AUGGCAUCCCUGUCCGACCGCUUCAACAUCAAUGCCCAGCUAGAGCACCUGCAGGCCAAGUACGUGGGCACGGGGCACCCAGACAUCAACCGCUUCGAGUGGAACGUGAACAUCAAGCGCGACACCUACGCCUCCCUGGUCGGCCACUACUCGCUCACCGCCUACCACGCCAUCGCCGAGAACGAGUCAAUCGGGCGCAUCAAGUACAACUUCAUGCAAAACAUGCUGCUGCCCUGCGGCCUGCCGCCGGAGAAGGAGGAGGAGGCGUGA